GUCACAUGAUUCGGGCUCUACCGCCCGGAGCUGAAGCGGCAUGAAAGGUGGUGGCGAGCGUUGCUGGUGGGGGCGUCGUGGCCCCAGCCCAGAGCUCCUGCUGAAUCUGCUACUCUGUUUAGCCCCUCUCGGCUUGCUGGGGGAGGAGACCCGCCAGGUGUCGCUUGAGGUCGUUCCCCACUCGCUGGGGCCACCUGUGAACCUGCUGCAUGUCCGGGCGGCGGGCACCAACUCCACGCUGCACUAUGUGUGGAGCAGCCUGGGGCCACCCGCCGUGCUGCUGGUGGCCACCAACACCCCGCACAGUACCCUCAUGGUCAACUGGAGCACUUUGCUCUCCCCUGAGCCCCAGGGGGGCCUGCUAGUGCUCCCCAAGGACAGCGUUCAGUUUGCUUCCGCCCUUGUUUUUACUAGGCUGUUUGAGUUUGACAGCACCAACAUCACCACCUCUGAGCCCCUGGGAAAGCCAUAUUCUCCUUAUUCUCUGGCUGAGUUCUCUUGGAACAACAUUAGUGACUCACUGGAUCCUGCCACCCUGAGCGCUACAUUCAGAGGCCACCCCACAAAGGACCCCAGCAGGACUUUUGCCAAUGGUAGCCUGACCUUUAGGGUACAGGCCUUCUCCAGAUCUGGCCGACCUGCCCAGCCCCCUCGCCUCCUGCACACGGCAGACACCUCUCAGCUCCAGGUGGCCCUGGCUGGGGCUUCUCGUGGGAACCGCUCCCUGUUCCGGCUGGAGGUAGUCAUGCUGGGCCAGAGCCCUAGCUGCCCCUCCAUGCAGGAACAGCACUCCAUUGACGAUGAGUAUGCACCCGCUGUCUUCCAGUUGGACCAGCUGCUGUGGGACCCGCAUUCAUCAGGCUUCAUGCAAUGGCGGCCAGUGGCAUUCUCCCAACAGCAGGGGAACCGAGAAUCGGCCAUGCCCUGCCAUGCUUCUGCUCUUGAGCCCACCUUGCCAUACCUUGUCCCCCAGUCACCCAUCGUCCGAGCCUUUUUUGGGACCCAGAAUAACUUCUGUGCCUUCAACCUGACUUUCGGGGCUCCCACAGGUCCUGGCUACUGGGAUCAGCAGUACCUCAGCUGGUCAAUGCUCCUGGGUGUGGGCACCCCACCAGUGGAUGCCUUGUCCCCGCUAAUCUUGGGCAUCAUGGCUGUGGCCCUGGUAGCUCCAGGCCUCAUGCUGCUGGGAGGAGGCAUGUUCCUGCUGCUGGGCCGCAAACAGCAUUUGGAGUACCAGUCCAUAAACUGAGGCUAUGCCAGAGGGGAGGACGUGAUGGGACCUGCCCCUUGGACUUCAAAUCAGAGGGUCAGUGAUCCAGGCAGCAGGAGCUCAGAGACCAACCUGACUUCAGGGGGACCCCUCCCCAGAAUCUCCUCCAUACUCUGAAGAGUCAGGAACUGGGUUGUCACCAGAAGGAGAGCUACUGUGUGUUGCCUCCCUGCUUCUCUGCCCUCAUAGUCUCAGGUGGAUGUACAGGUCUGAGUGAGGCUUUUCUAACUGGCUGCCUCUGAGAGGCAUGAAAUAGACUUUUUUUUCUCACAAA